UUCAAAUUGACGUCGACUCUUCCCGGUCUGUUCAGCUCCACCCCACUCUCCCGCUCUCCAUUCUCUCUACCCUCUCGACAUCAUCCCUCGUCCCCCUCGUAGCAUCCAACGCUUCACCUCUCAUUCACUCUCCCACGCAUCCCCGCUCUCUCUCUAGCAAACUCGAACACUCACACCUCACGUUACCCCACUGCUCCCCUCACCUCCGUUAGAAGCUUUCGAAUAGCUAUAGCUGUCGCAAGGGAACCAAAUUCCCUCUUCCUCCUAACCCGGGGUGUUGAGCCGAAACCUACAACCGGUUCGGCCGAUAGCAGAAUGUCGGGUCCUUCCAAGCUGCGCCGUUCCGCACGGUCGCGACUAAAGGUGGAUUACACCAAAGGUCUCGGAGACGGCGAUGACGAUGACUACGCCGAUUCCAGUCAGGUUGGUGAUAGUGUCGCGCUGGCUGCUAAAACUGGAUCCGCUACUCGCCGAACCAUUGCUGCUAGUGCCAAAAUGCAAAACCAGGAUGUGAAAGUGGAGGGCGACGGAGAUGAGGAUUCGGACUAUGCCCGGCGACCCAAGAAGAAACCGAAAUUGGCUGUCGUCAAGCGCCAGAGGGUCAUUCUCAGCUAUGCAGAGAGGGUUGAGCUUAGGAUGAAGACUACUUGCUUUAUCUUCAAUAUCCCAUACAGCACGUUCGACAAAUGGCCUUUCUCUCUGAACCCGGAGCAGGACGGCGGCCCUUCCCUAUCAACCAUGCCGAACGAAGUCCUACUAUUGAUUUUUUCAUUCAGUAGAAGUGAUGAUCUUCUUUCCCUCAGAAAGACAUGCAAGCAUUUCAGGGCACUACUUAGGCACGAGAGCAUUUGGCGUGAAUCGCGCCUGAACUACCUCCCUCCACUUCCCAGCGAGCUCCCAACGCCGCUGCCAUUUGGUCUGACUGAAAUCAAGUUGUACCUACUCUCAUUCUCGAAGUCGUGUAGCCACUGCGGUCAAGUGGCGAAGCCGCAAGCAAGACCUCGAGUCUUCUACAACUGGGGCAUGCGCGGCUGCAAGGACUGCGUAAAGCAGUAUACCAUUUUACACAAGGACCUAAUGGCCUUGCUUUCGAAGAAGUGCGGUUUCGAUUUCCACGAACGAGAGGCGCUGGUCUCGACUCUGGAAUCGCACGAUCAUUCCAUGUGGAGAUAACAAAGUUCCUCACUCUGUGGAACAGUACCAUGGCAUGCUGGAUAAGUGGCGUUGGAGAGCUGCGGAUGCGAUCAUGCGCAACGAGAUAGACUUUCACUGUCACAAACGUCG